CUCUCUGUACAAAAUCUUUUCCUUUCUCGGAAGCGAGUUGUCAUAUACCCGAUGCGUAGUUUUCAGAGUUAAAAUUCCCCAUCGUAUCCAGAUUUUUUUUUAGAUUCAUUCUCAUCUCAAUUGUUGUUUCUCAUUCUUCAAUCCUUCUCCGUUACGCAAUUCUUUGUCAUCUUACAAGCGAUUUAUCGCGCUAGCGGCAGCUAAAGGAAUUGAAUUUUGGGGGGACGGACAUCUGUUGAUUGAUUGGGAAUUUGAAAAUCGUCCGUCGCUUUCAUUUUCCGAGUUAUUCGUUGAUGCGUUUUGGGAUUAUUUGGUAUCUUUUUUUACGUGGAUUGGUUCGGGUGACUGAAUGAUUUUGAAGUGCGUGCGAGGUGUUAAUUGAUGAGGCGAUGAGUAUGUUCACAUUGAUAUGGAUUUUCGGUUUCGGAGAUUGGUUGUUUCGUUGAUUUUGGUGAUUUAAUUGCUGUAGCAAUGGCAGUGUUAAUUGCAAAGCAAGAAAGGCAUAGCCGUUACACAAACAAUGAAAUGCCAGUGAUACCAACAAGCCUGAAACAUGUGCCUGCAAGGAAGAGGAAGCUUAUCCUUAACUCAGAGGAUGAAGAAGAAGAGGAAAAUGUAAAAUUGUUGCAUACAGAACCAACGCAAUUGUCUGAUCAGAAAGCGGAGCUACUUGGGAGCAGCGAUAUUUCACAGGGUCUGGGGAAACCAACUGGACAUCAGGGCGUUUCAACCAUAAAAGAAUCAGAGCAGGCAAAGAAAAGUAGUCGCAUGAGGAAAUCCAUGAGAACUCAGAGUGUCGAAGAUGAGGCUGCUGGUAGUUCUUCCUCAGACAGAUGUAUCAGUUCAGAAAAUAGAUGCCACCCUCAUUUUUCUGGUGAAUUAAGGUUCGGUAGUCCAGAUGAAGGUCGUUAUAGGAGACUAGAAAAGUUAUCAAAAAGGGAAGAAUCAAGAGAACACAGAAGGGCUACUCGAGAAAUAAAAGGCUUCUUUCAGAAAAGAUACUCAGGGAGAAUUUGUGGAAAGCCAAUUGACAAAAGUACAUGUCAAAAUAAAGAUGUUAAGAAAAGCAGAGAAAGUGACAACGAGGAGUGGGAUGAGAGCAAGGAGAAGCAGAGGCCACCAGUGGCUAGAUCAUGCAACCAGAGAAAGCAAAUUGAUGAUAUGGAUACUCAGAGAACAUCAAAAAGGCGUCGCAUUUCUUCGAACAAAUUCUUGGAGACUAAUUUCAUUUUAUGUGAUUGGGUAGAUGACGAAGAAGAUGUGGUUUCACAUAUAGAUUCAACGAUGGGAGGAAGUGACUCAAUCAAUGCCUCAGCAAUCCAAUGUAGUGAUCCUGAUACCGUAAAGGCAAAUAGAAGUUUAAAGGGCACAAAAAGGAACAGUGCCUAUUCUGCCAAGCAUUCUUCAUGUAACUUGUCAUCCUCCGCCUCUAGUUCAUCAAUUUCAAAAGUUGUUAGAAAAAAGUUAUUGGAGUCUGUAGCUAAAAACAUGAAGCUAAAUGGAAAGGAGUCCAUUAAGUGUCAUCAGUGUUGGAGAGUGGAUAGAAGAGUUGUUGUUCCAUGUACAAUGUGUAAAGAAAAAGUCUACUGCAUCCAAUGUAUCAAGCAAUGGUAUCCCUCAUUAUCCGAAGAGGAAGUGUCAGAGGUUUGCCCAUAUUGCCGUGGGAAUUGCAACUGCAACUUGUGCUUGCAUUCAGCUUCCAUGUUGAAGACAUCUAAAAGAGAUAUCAGUGAUGAUGAGAAGAUUCGGCAUCUAUACUAUCUCAUUAGCAAACUUUUUCCGUACCUAGAACAUAUUCAUCAAGAACAAAUUGAAGAGAUUGAGAUGGAAUCUACAAUUCAAGGGGUACCAUCAUCCUCAGUUGAAGUAAAACAUGCAGUUUGCUAUAAUGAUGAACGCGUGUACUGCAACCACUGUCAAACUUCAAUUGUUGAUCUUCAUCGGAGUUGCCCCAAUUGCUCUUAUGAGCUGUGUCUUAGUUGCUCCUGCGAGAUCCGUGGAGGUCAGCUUCCAGGAGGAUCCAACAAACCAAUUCCUCGAUAUGUGGAUAGAGGGUCUGAUUACAUGCAUGGUGGAGAUCCACUACCAGAAUCUUGUCGUACAGGGGUUUUAGAUAGAAUGUCUGGAAUGCCUGUUAAGUGGGUUGUUGAUGAUGGGAGUGUUGUUUGUCCUGCCAAAGAAAUGGGUGGAUGCGGUAGUUGCAAAUUAGAGCUCAAACGUCUCCUUCCAGAACACUGGAUCUCAGGCUUAAAAGAACGGACUGGAAAAAUCAUGAGUAGAUGUAAAACUAUAAACACGGUUCUCCAGCCUACGUUCUCUAACGGUAACCAUGAAACAUCAUACUGGGCAGCUUCUAGAGAAGACUUUAAAGAUAACUGCUUGUAUUGCCUCGACUCAGAGGACACUCUGAAUGAGGAAGCACUCCUGCGUUUCCGCAGUCACUGGGCUAAAGGAGAACCAGUAAUUGUUAGAAAUGUUCUUGAGCAGACGAGUGGAUUAAGUUGGGAACCAAUGGUUAUGUGGCGUGCAUUGUGUGAGCACAGAGAUGCCCGGUUCAGUUCGAGAAUGUCUGACGUAAAGGCUAUUGAUUGUCUGGCUGGUUGUGAGGUGGAAAUCAAUACUCGCAAAUUCUUCACUGGUUAUAUUGAAGGGAGACAAUAUGCAAAUUUCUGGCCUGAGAUGCUUAAACUCAAGGACUGGCCACCAUCUGAUAAAUUUGAGGAUUUCUUACCCCGUCAUUGUGAUGAGUUCAUUCGAGCCUUGCCAUUCCAGGAAUACACUGAUCCAAGGACAGGUUUUCUUAACCUUGCUGUGAAAUUGCCAGCAAGUGUCAUAAAACCUGAUAUGGGGCCAAAGACAUACAUUGCCUAUGGGAUCUCAGAGGAACUUGGGAGAGGGGAUUCUGUAACUAAGCUUCAUUGUGAUAUGUCUGAUGCGGUGAAUAUUUUGACACACACGGCUGAAGUAGCUUUAAGUGAUGAGCAGUGCCAAGCAAUUAAACUAUUAAAAGAGAAGCACAGGGCCCAGGAUGAAAGGGAAUGCAGGACCAGAAGGACAAAUGAAGGUCCUCGUCCAAUCAGCCUUGACAAACACAAAGAGGAAGGGGAUUUUGGUGGUCCACAAAUUGACUGCCUAGAGAACCAAAAGAAAAAUGGAACUGCUUCUCAGGCAGGGGAAUCUGAUUGUGUAGCUUGCGCCACAAUUAAGCAAUCUGAUGAACUUAAAGCAACUUGCCUUUCAUAUUCCAAGCAUCAAACAGAAGAGCAUUCAGAGAAUAGAGGUGGGGCGCUGUGGGACAUUUUCAGGAGGGAAGACGUGCCAAAAUUGAAGGAGUAUCUCAUUAAGCAUUCAAAUGAAUUUAGACACACUUACUGCUGUCCAGUUGAACAGGUCAUUCAUCCAAUUCACGACCAAACCUUCUAUUUGACUUCAGAACAUAAAGUUAAGCUAAAGGAAGAAUUUGGUAUAGAACCUUGGACAUUUGAGCAGAAACUAGGAGAAGCAGUUUUCAUUCCUGCAGGGUGUCCACACCAAGUGAGAAAUCUAAAGUCAUGCACCAAAGUUGCCGCCGACUUCGUUUCUCCUGAAAACUUGCACGAAUGCCUUAGACUAACUGAGGAAUUCAGGAAGCUACCAAAGGACCACAGAGCCAGAGAAGACAAACUAGAGGUCAAGAAAAUGAUACUUCAUGCCGUUAACCAAGUAAUCGAUGACCUUUCAAAACUGAUUGCUUCGAAAGGUGUUGCAAACGGGAAUGAGCAUUGCCAGCAAUAAUAACCAUGCUUGGAUUUUGUGGCCUAUUCAAUAAUAACCUGAGAUGUGGCCUAUUCAAUAAUAACCAUGCUUGGAUUUUGUGACAACUGGUGUACCCCGGAAUAAUUUUGUAAUAUCUUGCACGGCCGGCUGGUGUUCUGGUUCCUACAGAUCCGCCUGGAGAGUGGUAGUAGAAUUAGAGCAAGAACAGUGUUGCGUGGAAAAUAGAGGCUUUGAAUUAACUUUUAGAUGGUUCUGAUUGGUGGUUACCCAACUUUGAAAAUGAAGUCAAUCCGGAAUUUUGUAUCACCAUAAAUAGCUGUUGGAUAUUCAUUGUAUGACAAUCAAAAUGUAUUUAGAUAAUGAUAUAAGAUUUAGAACGAUGAAUUCAGAGAA